AUGAAUAAAAUCAAAAUAAAAACACGAGCCGGCCGCGACAAAAAAAGAGAGGAGUGCACGAAAGAAAAAAAGAAAAGCUGUACAAAAUGGAAGGAAGCGGAUGGGCCAACAAAUGAUUAUUUAUCACUGUGAGUUUUUUUUUUCUAUUUGUCUUCCAAAACACGAAUGCGUUCCCUUUGUAAAGUGGUCGCUCAUUUUUUUUGAAUCGCUCCAUAUAUCAGGCGUCAAAAUAUCAGGCGUCAUUGAAUCCUUCAACCGUAGCUAAUCAGUACGGAGAAGGCAAAUAUUUACGUUCCGGAAUGGUUUUCUACGACAAUCAGCUCGUCUCCGAAUGAUGAGAAGCACUAACUGACCAUGUUAAUAAGUAAUUGGAGCCAUCUUAGAAUCGUAGCUUGGUGAAUUUGAACUUUCAGAAGUGUAUUUUUUUACUGUCAGAAUUGUUUUGAGUCAAAUGGAUCAAUAGAAAAGUUUAAUUUCAUGCUUCUUUUUUUUUCCAAGAACUUGAAUUUUCAGCAAUGAAGCAGGUGGCGAAGGCGAAGGCGGGGGUGAUGAAGAUCGAGAAAGGAGAGAUUCUAUUGAUCGAAAUGAGCAGCAGGAGCUAAUGAAGGACAAAGAGCGAGAAAAUCCUCAGAACAGGUCCAUUUUUGAACUUCUUUGUGAAAUAAGAUGAAGAUGGUGUUUAAGCGAGGGCGAAGAAAGAGAUGAAGCAGAAGGAGCUCAAAAUGAACCUUUUGAGCUUGAAAAUGGGCUUCCAGAAAGCGAGAAGAGCGUUUCGUCUCUGCUGAGGUGAAUUUCCAUGGAAUCAGUUCAAAAAGUUUUUUUAAAUUGUUAGCUAAAAGAAAAAGGGGCUCAUUAAGUUUUUUUAAAUUUUGUUGAGUUGAGAUGAAGUUGAAUUUUCAGCGUUGGAGACGGGAAACAACAACAAGGAGGGCAUGAAGAAGACGUCGACGUCGAAGAAGUCGUCGAAGAAGUGGAAGAGAAAGAAGGAGCUUCUUCUGAAGUCAACGAACGUCCACGGCUUGAAAAUGAAGUUCAGGCGUUCGAAAACAACGAUCCGAGGUAAAUGUUAACUGCAUCAGCUCAAAAGUUUAUCCUUUUUUUAGCCGAACAAAAAGGAAGAUUUAACUUUUUAAAACUUUUUCUUCUUCGCAACGUCCAUCUUUCAGUGACGGCGAAAGAGAAGAAGGAGAGGGUCAACGGGGCGACAGGAAUGAGCUUCCUCAGCUCGGACAGGAGCUCAUUGAGGAGGUCGAAGAGCCGGAGCCAUCUCAGUCGAGGUGAGAAUCAGUUGAACCUUGUCUAAAGUAGACUCAAAUGUUAAAUUGAAAGAGUUCGCAUACAGUCUGAUUUUUGGUUGUCAAAUAGCUGGCUCCGCCACUUUUAGGGUUUCUUAUAGGGUUGUUCCCUAGAGGGGACCCUCGAAGGUUGUCCCUAUAGUGACCAAUCUGGAGAUGUUAAGUAGUGUGUUCCGCGCGAAAAGGUUACUUUUUGAAAAAAUAUCAGAAAAAGAAAACUACCGUGAAACAACUUUUUUGCGCUUUUACUCCAAAACUGCAAGAAAAAAGGUCUUGAAACGAAAUAUAGCCAAUUUUAAUUCUAUCCGUCGACGGUGUUUCGAAAAAACAGGAGAAGAUGACGUGGGAUAUGCUAGAAUGCAAAAGGAAAGUCAAAAAAAAUGCAGCGCUUUUAAAGGAGCCUCAUUACGCGGAAUAAAACAUCGACGCGAAUGAUACCGUAUCCCCAAGGGUGGAGUUACCUUUUUGAAGUUUGAAAUCUCAAUCUGGAGAAUCCUUUGUAUUUUUUCUGAGAGUAGGAAUCAUAAUAUGGUCCGUUUUUCGAGACCUGAAAAGGGCGGGACCUCUCUGAGCCCUCUCAUUUUGAACUGUUCUUUUUUUUGCUCUGGCCGGCGAGGAAAGAGAGACACUAAAAAGAUCAAGUCGCGGCGGACGGACUUUGAAAAGAAUAGUUUUUCUCUGUUUAAACGGAAAAUCAAGUUGAUUUUUUAGCGAUGAAGAAGGAUCGGCUCUGACUAAUAUGGUUCCCGAUGAGAUUGAACCGGAAGAAGUCGGAAAUGAAGGUCCUGUUCCGUCCCAAAGUCAUGACAAUGGGUCUCCAGUGUCGGGAUACGAGGAACUAUCCAAUUCUGGAAAACUAUCCAAAUUCUCGCCGAAAAAUCCCCUCACAAGGUUUGAUUGUUUCUAAGUUUACAUGUGAAUAAAGCUGGCGAAGAGUCUGCCGAUUAAAAAUAGUUGACAGAAGUCAUGCUUUUUGAGUUGUAAAUUGAGACUUAGAUAACGACACAAAGGCGUGGCCAGAAAACAGCGGGCCAUUUUUAAAAAAAUCCAGGAAAAAUUUGAUUCGAAGCUUGCAGUGGAUGGUCAUUUUACUCCCAAAUUUCACAUUUUUAUCCAUUUUUUUAACAGGUCGAGUCAAGUUCCGGCGAAUGAAGUCGUUUCUUCCCCCGCGAACUCGGUUCAUCGUUCGUGCUCGGUGUUGGUUCUUUUUUUAUUUCAAAAAAUUUUCCAGAAUUUUUUUGAACGCGAAACUGCUAAAAAAAUAAAAGAAAAAAAUAAAAACGAUUCUUUAGGCCUAUAAAAGAAGUUUUUAUCAUUUAUCUGGUUUCAGAGAGACGGAGCCCGCCUACAUCGAAAGUCCUGAGUGA